AUGUCUUCCUUAAUUGAAGCAACACCAGCGUCAAUAGCCGAACAAAUUCGUCAAAUUUUUUCAUCGAAUAUAACCAAACCAAAUUCGUCCACCGGAGAAACGAUUUCGCCGCCCUUAGUUCCGAAAACAUUAAUGAAUACAUUGCCCGACAAUCUGAAAAUUGAACGAACGGUUGCUUCACAAAUGACUAAUAACAUUAAAGACUCACCAAAAGAUUACGUUGGACAUCACAACCAGUCGCAACAACAACAACAACAACAGAACACCCAAUCUUCAUUUUCCUAUACGAAAAGCGAACCAGUGUCAGUUACACCACCGGCAUUUAGCUACACUCCGUCGUCAGUUUCAAAUAUUGGUGCAUUUGCCGGGCCAAACUUUUCAUCUUAUGAUUCAGCGACAUCGCCCUUACCGCUCAAUUCGAGUUUAAAACCGACCACACCAGUAACUGUUCCAAAUUUUGCUUCUCAACCUUCUACAUACUUCUAUCCCGUUCCCACACAAUGUGUUUAUCCGCCAUCAUUAAAUUCGACAGCCGUCAAUACAGCCGCGGCAAUUUUUCAGGCUUAUUCACAAUUUAAUGUACAGCCACCAGGAGCACCGUCAAUUGUUAAUCAACAAAUGACAACACAACAACAACAACAACAAAUUCGAAAAUAA